ACGAACUGUUUCGCCAAACUUGCUGUUUUAACGUUGCAGUCAUUUUAUCUACAACAAACAGCGUCUCUGUUAUCGUUCCUUAUCGCUCAAGUCAUUAUAUACUGUUCCUUGCAGAUGAACAAUUCUAACGAAAGCGAAAUCCUUGAGUAUUUUGAAGGAUGGGACCAGGCUUUAAACUCUGAAAGUUUAAGUCUGCUUUCCCUACUGGAGUUCCGGAAGAAGAAGGAUAGUUUUACAUUUGACAAAUGCGUUGAACACAACAUCAUUAUCAAGUUCUUGGCAAAUCUUGCCAGCACAGCAGACAAAGAGUGGAGACAGGCAGCUUUCCUGCUAAAGAAUGAACUAAAGAGGUGGCAGGUGGUGAGGAUAAGGAAGAGGUCGGACAACUCGUCGAUGCAACCACCUAAGCAACCAGAUAACUCAUUUGGUUGGUACGUGAGAACUCCUCCGAAGCAAGUCCAACAGCAGGCUGUCAAGUCAUUUUGGCAAAAUGUCGAAUUAGAAAAAAUUGACAUGAACAUGCUUCUAAUGAAUAAAAAGAUGGAAGAAGCUAUGGUCAAGUUUGAUCUCGACCAAUCACUAACAGGAAACAAAGCCCAGGAAGUAUUGAAUAACUCAAAACUGGAGCAUCUCAAGAGGAAGAUGUCACCUCCACCACAAGCAAAAAGACGAAUUUUAGAUGACACAGAGAGUGACCAUGAGAAUAAUCGUGACAUAGGAGAUGGGACAUCUUUAGCAAGAUUCAAUCAUGAAGUCUCUAAUACACAAACAUGGUGUUUGCCAAAAAACAAUUCUCCACUGGGCCAACAGAUUAUUGCUUUAACCCAUGUAUAUCAUUUACUGACAAACAAGCGGGGGAAAAGAACACUUUAUAACGUUGUGCAAAUACCAAAGCCACCUCAAUUCAAUCCCAUAUACUCAGACAAUGAAGAAACUGAAGGCGAGGAUGAAGACGAUUACGGGGGUGGAGGCGAUUAUGACGGCGAGCACUAUGAUGAAAAUGUCUUAACUCGAUCCAAACUCGACGUCUGCAACACGAAAACAUGGCGGCUACCUUCCAACACGUUCGUUGACGAUAUUUUCAACCGAAAUGUAAGCAAGAAUGCUGAAACUAUGAAGCAUAAAGGAAAACCGACAGCCAUUCAAAAAGUCUUUCUUCGAUACGGAGCGUCAAGAAUAAUCGACCUUUCAGCGCAUAUGAGAGAAUGGUUCUCUAUUGAAGAAAGACAAUAUAUGAUAAAAGACCACGCAGCAAUCGUAGAGAUUAGGAAAUUGCCAUCAGAAGUAGAUGCGUUUAUCGCAAACGUCGAGAAUAUGGUGCAUCGUGGUGACAUAAAUCCCGCGUACAAACUUUCUGUCGAAAGUCAUGCAAAUUCGUCGCCCCACAGCUGUUUCAACAAAAUAACCAAAGUUUAUAGUGAGUUGACCAAAGAAGGUAAUGAUAUCCUAGAGUCCGGCGAACACGGACACACGGAAAUAGAUGUGAUAUUAAAAGCAUGUUCGUAUAUCAUAGAUGGACUUAACAAAGCUUGUGGCGUAUAUCAAAAGUGGGGAGAAUCGUCUUGCCCUCUCACCAAGUCAGCGAACUAUACCAAAGGUCGAAAGUGCGAUGUACGCAAUCUCAGUACGUCAGAAGUAGAUCUUGGCGAAUGGGAAUUUGCCGUUAAUGCAACGCCCACAAAGACAAUUACGGAUCGAUGCAGAUCAGCUAGGAUUAAUCAAACAAUCCUGAACGGAUUAAUGAAUUUGGUUGUUAAAAACGAACAUAUUGAAGUCAUGAAAGUGCCAUACAUGCAAUUUGCUGGUACCAGUGGCCAAAUGCUUGUGGAAGUUCGGAUUAAUGGAUUUUAUGUUGUGAUUCCUGGACCAAAGAUCGAAUUGCCUAAGAAGCUCUCACAAAUUGCAAAACUGAAGCCAGCAGUAAUGACCAUCAAGCAUAUCUUGGACAUGUAUGACGAAAUGAACAGAUUUCUUAAUGAUUUAGAAGUUGGGAAAUCUCAUGCUUUCGACGACAUUUUUAAAAUUAAUGAACCUAGUACAAACAAUUCUGCAUGCGAUCCAUGGUGGACACCAAAGAAUGCUCGUAAAACUCAAACAAAAUCUUAG